UUAUUCGGAGCGGAGAGGCGCGGGCGGCGGCCGUCAGUUGAGCCGCGACCGCCGCCGCGCUACUAUAAGCUUCCUAUAAACCGAUACAACUUCUAAACAAACUAACAGUUGAUCAUCAAUCAAUAUGGCGUACUCCUGGGAUAACAGAGUUGCGUUUGUUGUGCGGUAUCUGUACGAUAUCGACAACAACGGUUACCUAGAUGCGCACGACUUCCACUGCCUGGCGCUGCGCACGUGCGUGCUAGAAGGCAAGGGCGACUGCAGCGCCGCGCGCCUGCAGAAGUACCAGCACAUCAUGCUCAGCCUCUGGGAGGAGAUCGCGCAGCUGGCGGACUUCGACAAGGGUGUUCUCAAUGACAAGUUUUUGCAGGACGGCACAAUAACGGUGGAUGAAUUCAAACAGGCUGUCAAGAACAGCUGUGUGGGCCGUAGAUACGAGGACUUUCCUCAGGCCAUGAAAGCUUUUAUAGAAACAAACUUCAGGAUGAUAGACAUAAAUAUGGAUGGAGUGAUCGGGAUCGAAGAGUACAGGUACGACUGCGUACAACGGAUGGUGUUGGAGGACAUCAAAGUUAUAGACGACGCUUUCAAUUCCCUACUCAAUGACGACGACAGAAGGAAAGGUGGUCUGACGCUGUCGCGAUACCAAGAACUCUUCGCACAGUUCCUUGGCCACGAAGGUGACGACUGCCAAGCGAACCAUCUAUUUGGGCCAUUAGAAAUAUAAUAGUAGCCUUACUUAGUAUAGUUAGGCCCAUUGCUAUGACUGAGACACCUAUUUGUUAUCUACCAGCUAACUAAAGCUGGACGAAUGGAAACAGUCUAAACAGAGAUUGAGUAUCGAUAAUAUUUUUUUAUUGCCACAUAAAAUCAAAAUUACUCUUGUAAUGUGUAAAUAUUUAUAAGUUCAGGUGUUGUGAAGACGUUUCUGUCGAACGCUUGUUUACAAAAUUACAUUUCUAAUUUCAACGCACCGCGGUAAACGCGCCAAAAAUACACAAACAGCGUCGAUACAGGUUAAAAAUAAAACCAUUAUAAUGCUAGUCUAAUAUCUGUGAUGCGUUCCGAAUUACGUAAAGUUUUUCAACAAUUUAUUACACUUGGGAGUUUUUCAAAUGUUUUGUUUAUUUAUUUAUUGUAAUUUAUUAGUAUUUACAAUGCUAGAGAGUUGUUUAGAUACUUUUUAUAAUCUUUUAUAAUCGUGUCCUGUAUUUAUAUAUUUAUUCGUGUACUUUUAUUCAUUGUUGUUAUUCGUUACCUAUGGUGUUUAUUGUGAGAUUUUUAUAAUUUCUGGAAUGUUGAUUUCAUAUCGAUGUUUAUUUAUUUACCGUAUGGUAUCAUUAUAAUUAUAUAAUAAGUGAAACGAACGAGAGACUAUGAGAUUUAUUUACGAAUCUUUAUUAUUUAUUAACUAUUAAUAUGCAACGGCAGUUAGUUUUAAUAUUUGUGAAGAAUGCGCGGGAAAUGUUGUGCUCAAACAUAUAAAAUGAAUCUAGUCACCACGAUGUUGAAAUAUAUCCUUAAUUAAUUGUUUUAUUCUGUUAAAAUUGAAAUAUAUCAAAAUUGUUAAGAAUAAAA